UAUAUAUUAUAUAUGUAUAUUUAUAUGAAAAUUGUUGUAAGCGUAGUCCGUGAAAAUCGAUAGCAAUAUUUUGUAUGCAUCAUACCAACAUAUCGAUAAAUUUACACACACCGCUGAAUGGCAAUAUUGGAAGAAGAUAAAAAGAUAAAUUUCUUUCGCUUGCUGCUGCCGAUUUCUUUGCCCAGCUGGUUUUGCGAUUGAAAUUAAAACGAAAUAAACCAACAAAAUGGAAUCAACAAAUGGCAGAAAUCUGGCAUUGCUUGUACUCUGCCUGUGCGCCUGCUAUGCACUGGCCUUUGAGGGCGGCAAGGAAAUACCGGCCACCAAAUUUGGACAGAGCGUUGCGCCAACGAUGACAUUUCUUUAUUGUUACUCGUGCGGCUAUCGCAAGGCCUUCGAGGACUAUGUGAAUAUCCUGGGCGAGAAGUACCCACAGAUACAGAUCCAUGGCGCCAAUUAUGAUCCGCCCGGCAUGAAUUACUAUCUGUCCAAGCUGAUAUUCGCAUUGAAAAUAAUCAUCAUUGUGUCUGUGGUGACAUCUGUGAGUCCGUUCACCUGCCUGGGCCUGAACACGCCGGGCUGGUGGAAUCAUCUGCAGGGCAACAAGAUCUAUGCCUGUAUGAUGAUAUUCUUUUUGGGCAACAUGAUCGAGGGACAGCUCAUCUCGUCGGGCGCCUUUGAGAUAACAUUGAACGAUGUGCCCGUUUGGUCGAAAAUCCAAACCGGUCGCUUUCCGGCUCCGGAGGUCCUAUUCCAAAUAAUCGACAAUCAGCUGCAGUUCACCGACAACGUGCAGGAGAAUCCCGACUUUGUUAAAUAAUAGUAAUGAGCGGAGGUGCCGACAACAACUGCUGAACAACUAGAAGAACACCAAAAAAAAACAGAAGCAUUAAAACAAACAUAAAAAAAACAUAUUAAAUCGAAAACUGGAAGAGGUUGCAGACGUGGAUAUUUAGAUUUAACUAAAACUGUUUUGUCUCUGCGUUACGUAAAUAUUUAUGUGUUAUCCUUGUUUAUCCUUAAACGUUGUCAACCACAAAUUCCCCUCAAGCAAGCUAUAUAUAGUAUAAAUAAUGAUAAUGUUCGCCUGUCUUUCAGUUGCCACAAAUUGUGGCGGGUAUCGGGCUAAUAACUUGACAAUGAACAUUUCAACUUAUGCACUCUUACUUUAUAUAGUUUAAAAAAUAAUUAAUAGCAAAUAUAUGUGAAGGCCUAUCCUUUUUUCGAUUGACUCACAGCGAAAUCAA